AUGGCCGCUGAAAGCCUUCCGUGUUCUGCGUUAGAAAAUUUAUUUUCAUAUUUAGACAUAAAUGACCUUCGAAAUUGCUCUUUAGUCUGUAAAUCGUGGUACAAGUUUCUAAACGAUGAAAACAACGACGUGUGGAGACUUCAUUGUGUACGAAAAUUAGCGGAGGAGGCCUUGAAAUCUGAUAUUUUAACAAAUUGUCCAACUUACAAAGCGAAACUGCGUGCAUUUUACCAUGCGUGGAAUCCAAAUGAUUGCUCUCGAAACAUUUACAUAAAACCAAAUGGAUUUACACUACAUCGUAACCCAGUUGCUCAAAGCACUGACGGUUGCAGAGGAAAACUAGGUUUUAAACAAGGUCGACACUGUUGGGAAGUUGUGUGGGAGGGUCCCCUCGGAACUAUAGCUGUUAUAGGACUUGCAACAAAAACUGCAAAUAUGCAGGUUCAUGGAUAUUCAGCAUUGCUUGGAACAGAUGAUCAAUCCUGGGGAUGGAAUUUAGUUGAUAAUCACUUACUUCACAAUGGAGAUUCCCAAGGAAAUUUCCCAUUGUUGAACAAUGCACCUAAGUAUCAGGUACCGAAACAUGAAAUGAGUGAUAAGUAGAUGGAAGCCAAAAUAUUUAAAUAAGAAAUGUAGUGUAGCAUUACCAAAAUAUUUAAAUAAGAAGUAUAAAUUUAAAUACAAUUUUACAUAAGUUCCCUUUAACAAAUUUUUAAUACCUACAGUACAGCUAGCGCGGCACCUUCAAAAACCCUUCGACCCUUGAGGGUAAAAAAUGUUUCGGGUGUUCAGUUGCGAUGGCCGGACACCCGUCGGCCCUCGCGAUCAUGAACACAGCUGUUCGCGAUGGACGGCCGCGAGGAUUCGCAGUGUUCACGCACAAGGGACCAUCGCGAUCAACGUUUUAUUUUAACAUUAUUGUUUUAACAGUUUAUUGAAGCACUUAAUUGUUAAAUUUAUCAUCUAUAAUAUAUUUAUUAUAAAUAUACAAUGUAUAUCAUUUAUUCAGUUUAC